AUGUCUAAAUACGCCUGGUAUACGAGGGUUACUGAUGCGGCCCACCGUUUGACCGUUUUAACCAUUGUCGGGGGUUCCAUGUACAUGGCAGGAGGUCUUGUCUAUACGCUGUACAAGAACGGUACCAAAUAUGAGAACCAAGUAACGCAGAAGAACGAGGAGGUAAACCAGCUAGAGGGAGCUGCAUCCUCUGCAGAGUAA